GUUUUGAAUAUUUUAUCUCUUUUAAAAGUAUUGGUGUCGUUAGCUGUCUAUUCAUUAUUGUUAAUUGAUUCCAAUAGCUCAACAUAUUCGGAGAAUAUAGAUGAUUAUGUGUACUAUAUCAAAUCAUUUGGAAGUAUAUUGGAAUUCUGUUUUUGCAUCUUCCUUUCUCUGAAUGAUAUUUAUAAUUGGAUUUUUGUAUCUGGUGGUGUAAUCCGCGCAAUUGUGAUCUGUUCCCAAGCAUAUUUCAAAAUGUGUCUCGUCAAAAAAGGAUGGAGAAUAUUCAUUAAACGUCGUACGGCUAUGAAAAAAGUUGAAUCAUUACCAGAUGCAACUAGUGUUCAAUUGUCUGAAUUUGAUGAUAUUUGUGCCAUAUGUUAUCAAGAAAUGAGAUCAGCAAAAAUAACUAAUUGCAAUCAUUAUUUCCACAGUGAAUGUCUGCGUAAAUGGACCUAUUUACGGGAUGAAUGCCCGCUGUGUCAUAGUAUUUGCAACAACGCAGAAAUGUAAAAAUAUACCCAGACUCAGAAUACAAAAUCAUCAAAAUGUUAUUUAUGAUGGUAAUUUAUUCUUAGUUAUUUUUGACUGAUUAGAUUUUAUCAUAAACUUCUACUUAAUUUUUGAUUUUUGUCAUAACAACUAAAAUAUUUUAUUAAAAAUGUUAUUUUGUAUUUU